GACGGAUGCCAGUGAGUCAGAGCGAGUGAGCGAGCGAGCGGAGGACGGGACACAGAACGGCCCGACUUCAGCCCGACAAAACAACUCCCUAAAGUAGCCUUCUUCUUACACCACACUCGGAGUUUUUCGCCUUUAUUUGUUACCUGGAAUGAAAUGCUUUUACGUGGAUGACUUGAAAGAUCAGGUCGAGAUCCAGCCUGGUGACUCCAAACUGACACGUGUGUCCCAACUUCAGCUGCCUGGCUCAAGGGAGCAGCUUGCAGAGAGUUCACCACCAUGUCUUAACACCUCGCACUCCCCUCUGAAAACCCUGUCCCCCCUUCCCUCUCUCUCCCCUCCCUCCCCCUCCUCCUCUUCCUCCCCUGCCCUUCCUGUAGAAGCUUCCCAGUCCUUUGGAAACCACAGUGCCUCCUCUGGAGAAAUGAGUCUGCAUCAGCAGCAGCAGGGGUCCGAGAGGGACCUUGCCUCUGCCGCCUCAUCCGUCAGUCUGCCCUCUGUACGGAAGACUCCUAAAAAGCGCCGCAUCUCGCUGCGCUCACUGUUCCGUCGUCGCUGUGGGGACCCCAAAUCCCGCAAAUCACGGGCACUAGCCGCUGGAGUGGAUGGCAUCGCCAGUGUGGAGAGCGUGCACUCGGAAAUGUGCCAGCAGCAGGACCAUGCCUCUGCACUGUCUGCACCCGGUGUGGCCUCCACCUCAUCUUCAUCUUCCUCAUCCUCAGCCUCCACCUCUGAGCUGCUGGAGUGCCCAUUGUGCCUGCUGCGCCACACCAGAGACCGUUUCCCUGACAUCAUGACAUGCCACCACCGCUCGUGUGCCGACUGCCUCCGACAGUAUCUACGCAUCGAGAUAUCUGAGAGUAGGGUCAACAUCAGCUGCCCAGAGUGCUCGGAGCGCUUCAACCCUCACGACAUCCGCAUGAUACUCAAUGACCGUGUACUCAUGGAGAAGUACGAGGAGUUCAUGCUGCGCCGCUGGCUGGUGGCGGACCCUGACUGCCGCUGGUGCCCUGCUCCGGACUGCGGGUAUGCAGUCAUUGCCUUCGGUUGUGCCAGCUGUCCAAAGAUCACGUGUGGUCGUGAGGGCUGCGGAACGGAGUUCUGUUACCACUGUAAACAGCUGUGGCACCCAAAUCAGACCUGUGACGCCGCACGACAGCAGAGAGCUCAGAGCCUCCGGCUGAGACCCUUCAGAUCGUCAUCACUCAGCUACAGCCAGGAGAGUGGCGCUGCUGCUGAUGACAUAAAGCCAUGUCCCCGCUGUGCAGCCUACAUCAUUAAGAUGAAUGAUGGCAGCUGUAAUCACAUGACCUGUGCUGUGUGUGGCUGUGAGUUCUGCUGGCUGUGUAUGAAGGAGAUCUCUGACCUGCACUACUUAAGUCCUUCAGGAUGCACAUUCUGGGGUAAGAAGCCCUGGAGCAGGAAGAAGAAAAUCCUGUGGCAGUUGGGGACACUUGUGGGCGCUCCAGUUGGCAUUGCACUGAUUGCUGGCAUUGCCAUACCAGCAAUGAUCAUUGGGAUUCCUGUGUAUGUUGGUAGAAAGAUUCAUAAUCGUUAUGAGGGAAAGGACAUCUCUAAGCACAAGAGGAACCUUGUCAUAGCCGGCGGGGUGACAUUGUCAGUGAUUGUGUCUCCAGUGGUUGCCGCUGUCACUGUUGGGAUAGGAGUGCCCAUCAUGUUGGCAUACGUCUAUGGUGUGGUGCCCAUCUCUCUGUGCCGUAGUGGUGGUUGCGGUGUGUCUGCGGGGAAUGGAAAAGGAGUGCGGAUCGAGUUUGAUGAUGAGAACGACAUGAACGUGGGCACGGGAGCUGCUGUGACUGACACCACAUCAGUAGCAGAGACGAGGCAUAACCCCAGCAUUGGUGAGGGCAGUGUAGGGGGUCUUACGGGCAGCCUGAGUGCCAGCGGGAGCCACAUGGAACGCAUUGGAGCAAUGAGAGACAACCUGAGUGAGAACGCCAGCACUAUGGCACUUGCUGGGGCCAGCAUCACUGGCAGCUUGUCAGGAAGUGCCAUGGUCAACUGCUUUAACAGGUUGGAGGUUCAAGCUGAUGUUCAAAAGGAGCGUUGCAGUCUGAGUGGGGAGUCUGGUACUGUCAGUCUGGGGACAAUCAGUGACAACGCUAGUACCAAAGCAAUGGCUGGAUCCAUUCUCAAUGCCUACUUGCCUCUGGACAGAGAUGGGAACAGUAUGGAGGUGCAGGUGGAUGUGGAAUCUAAACGAGGGAAGCUCAGGCACCACAGCGGCAGCAGCAGUAUGGACGACGGCAGCAGCGGAGGGCCCGGAGCCAGCGUUUGCCCCGCUGGCUGUCCGCACGAGGGCAAAUGCGUUACGUCACGCUGGGCCAAGGAGCCAUCCUCCACCUCGUCCUCUUCCUCCGGAAAGAAAAGUAAAGGCAAGCUGCGCAAAAAGAGCGGUGGCACCAAGAUCAACGAGACGCGCGAAGACAUGGAUGCCCAGCUGCUAGAGCGCCGCAGCACCAACUCCAGUGAGUUGGACUCGCCCUCUCUGAGCGGCAGCCUGCCGUCUGUGGCCGACUCGCACUCCAGCCACUUCUCAGAGUUCAGCUGCUCCGACCUGGACGCCUGCAGACCCCCUUGCUAUGAGUCUCACAUCCGACAUCCCAACACGGGCGGAGCGGUCAGCCCCCUUCCUGAGGUCGAGAAUGACCGGCUGGAAAACUGUCCCACCUCUGGGACUCUCCCACAAGCUGCGGUAGCCCCUCUUACCCCUGACGGAGCAGCAGAACGUCCCCUGUGCUACAUUGCAGAGGAGAAUGUGAGUUUAAUCUGUGCGGCUGACGCGGGUCAGAGCUCGCCUAAAGAACACAAUAACAACCUUCCUCAGCCGGCUAGUCCCGUUCGCAACGCCUGCAUUCAAACAGAGAUAUAACCAGACGGGUUGAGUUAACCCAAAUGCUUUCACGGCUAACCUCAACACCCACUUUAUUACCAAGGAUUGCACACUGAAUUAAAGAUUUUAAAGUCUGUAUGGGUUUCGUGGAGGUUUAACGUCCCGGUCGGUUGAUAAUUCGAAUGUUGGAGAUGGAACGCCAAUAUUUUACACUAGUCAAGGGCAGGAUGUGCCUCGAGGUUUCAGAAAGCUCACCGUGACCAAAGGUUACCAUUUGAUUGACAGAUUGCGUAAAGGCCUGUCAGUCUGUGCGUAGAGUUGGACUACAGAUCAGAUAAGAUUCAGAAAGGCAACAGAUGAAUGUAGGGUGGCAAGUGAUGCACCGAUAAUGGUGAUGAUGUAGCUGUCAAUCACACAUGCCUCUAUUUCAGUGUUCAGGGUCGCUGUGAUGAAUAACCUCUCCAGUGAGGAACGAGUAUGUGGAGGAAUCUUGCAAAAUGUGUCCAGCUCGUUGUUCAUCCCAAAAUUUAAAAAGGAACAAAAUGAAAAAAAAUCAUUCCUUUCAUGCAUGAAAUGAAGCCUCUGUUUAGGACAACUUAGUAUUAUGGCAAUUUUAGUUUGUAUUUUGACAAUUUCAAGGUAAUUAAAGGCAUAGUCCAUCCAAAAAUGAAAAUUGCCAUUAUUUACUCUCCCUCAUGUUGUUCCAAACAUGCAUGACUUCCUUUUUACUGCAAAACACAAAAGAUAUUUUGAAGAAUUGAAUUGAUAAUGUAAGUCAAUGGGAACCGAAACUGUUUGGUUACAAACAUUCUUCAAAAUGUCUUCUUUUGUAUUCCACAGAUGAAAGUCGUACAGCCACCCAGGGUGAGUAAAUGAUGGCAAUUUUAAUUUUUGGGUGGACUAUCCCUUUUUAGCACAUUUCUUCAAAUACUACUGUAAUUUAAGAUUAGAUUUUUCUUUUCAUUAUGGACAUGAGAAUUGAAAGGAGAAAUGCAUUUAAUUUACAUAAAAAAUAAUUAAAAAAAAGUUAAGCUUAUUGUUCUUAAAUUGGCUUCAUUUUCUUUAAAUAUAAUUUCUUACUUUGUGAUUUUGGGAUGAAAUAUGACCAUGACAUUUUUUUGACAGAUUCCAUGUGAUUGACCCGUGUAUUCAGGCACCUUCACCACACAUAUACACGCAUAUACUCUCAGUUACCCAACAUAUAGCUUUAGUUGAAGAAAUCUGCAGCUAUUCAAAGGCACCAAGGAAGUCAGGGGGGAAUCUGAUGCUCUUUUUGAGAUCAUUCAUACAAGAUGAGCCAAUGAGGGACCAGGCAGUAGUAGAUUUCCCUUUUCACAGCAAUGAUUCUUGUACAUGAUUGUGUUUUUAAUUUUUUUGGGGUUCUUUUCAUUUCUCUCAUCUAGUGUCACAGCUUAUUUUCCAUUUUUGGGAAAAGAUGUUCAAGCCCUGUGCAGGGUGCUGCUUCUGAGUUGAAAAGCCAGUGAGAAGCUGAAUAAAGCUGCGUCGCGCCCCCUGCUGGUAGGAUGGGGACCCUUGACCAAACCCAUUUUGGGGAGGAAGCAAGUCUGGCAUGU